GGCUUUGCCAACCUCAAUGAUUCUAUGAUUCAUGGGAAGAAAUGCAACGGACUAUUCAUAGCCAAUGUUUUGGGAUCGGAUCUGUAUGCAACUGGAAGAUGAAUGCAACUGAAGAGAGUUGAGUCUGCAGGGCAUAUCUGGUUUUGAUUUUUUUAAUGGCUUAAUCAAACUGGAAGGCAAAGAUGGACCUCGAGGGGCCGUCUAGUUACAGUUCAUCCCCCUGUACUGAGUGUUUCAGCCCUUUUCUCUCUGAUUUUCUGUGAUGCUUUUGCUCCAAGGGUGGAUUUAAGACUGCAGUGAUCUCAGCUCUUAGCACAUCUCUCUCUGUCAGGCUCAAUUGCUCAGUUUAACAAUAACAAUUGAAGGAAACCUAAUUGAGCAACUUCCCUGGGUACUGUUUAACUUCAGCCUGCCUGGGAAAAUGUGUGAGAAUUUCUGCAGGAACUCUCUUGGCUUUCUUUUUUUUUUUUUUGUAAUUUAAUUAUAUACUUUCAUUAGUGAUGUUAACGACAUAAUAAAAAAAAAAAAAGAAGAAUUAGGAGCUGGAUAGCUGUUGAGUACCGAGGGAAGCUGGCAUGUCUGGAUGGCGUUGUGCAAGCGGCUUUACCUGAAUGAAAUUGAAAUUCUGCCCCGGAGGUGAACUGUGGCUUCAUCCAAGCUUCUGUGGCAGUAACGUCCGUCAGCUGGAAGUGUGGUAGGUGCUGUACACAGCUCCCCAUCACUGAAUAAAAAAAGCGUUGAAGUUCCUGCAGGCACCUUGGUCUGGCUCCUUGGAAGCCGUUUCGCUGAUGGCUUUGCUAAUGAUUAAGAGAGGAGUGGGUAGCAGGACCACGUUUCUUCUGCCUGUCCUAUGGAUACCGUGCAUUCUGUGGGCUUCAAGUCACAGCAGCUGAUGAAACUAUGUGGGUUUGCCAUGUCCUGUCCAGGGCUCUGAACUACUUUUAGAAUUACUACUCUGGCUGUUGGAGGAAAAAGCAAACAUUUCUUAGCAAAUAGCUGCCGCCGGAUCCAGAUAGCUGGUGAUGCUGGCUGUUUGCUUUGCGGUGCAUCUGCUGUCCUUGCUGGGGAGAUGAUGUUCUGUUAGAAACCUUAGUGGUUUGUGACAGGUCUAAAUUCCACUGGGGAAUUCAUCAGGCAGACUUGUUUUUCGGUAAUGACACCUUGCAAGCCGGUCUCUGGGCUGGAUGCCCGGGCUUCUCCUGUUUUCGACGUAGUGAUGUGAAAUCGGUAACCACUACCUCUGCUUUCGUAGUUCAGGUGUUUUUCUCAGAAUGGGAGUAGUUAGGAUGUUGGUGAAGCUCGGAGGGGACGGGCGGUGUGAUUUCUGCCUCCAUCAGCUGGGAGUUUUGCGGAAAACCCAAUUUUUUUCCCCUGGAAGUUGUUGGUGGUGGUGAUCUGCUGCGGAAAGCGUGUGCGUAGCUGGCACAAUACAAAAAGGAGGAAUUUCAGGCGGGUCGUGCCAUAGCGAUGCAAAGCCAAACUUUAAAAUAAGGUUUAAUUUUUGAAAUAGGGAACUGUAUCGUAAUCUGCAAGCCUUUACUUCAGCAAUGCGAUUUUAAUUGUACGCACCCUAACCGGAGAGUUUGUGCUUAAUUUCUUAGUUGUGGUGCUGGUCUCUGAAACUUGUUGGCUCUUCUGCUGAGGAACUAAUUAUCUUAAGACCGCGUAAUUUAAAAUAUGUUCCAAGGAAAUAGCUGAACUAGAGCAUCGUGAUUGGAUUCACAAGUGGCUUGGACAGCUAGAGCUGGUUUUUCUCUGAACCCCCGCCCGCCUUUGGGCAAUGAGCUGGCACCUGCCCGUGAGACAUCCUUCCCGGUGGGUUGCUUUUAUCAUCUCAAUAACUUGAUUCUGUCUCGCCUGUCCUUUUAAUCAAAAUCACCACCAAGAAAAGCAGGCCGUCUGACUUGUCAGAGAGUCAGUCUGACGGCUUGAUUGAACUUGCUCAGGUAUUCAUUAAGUGCCGCUAGAGAGAGCUGGGAGAAUGGAGAGGGAAGGCGAGCAGCGCUCUGGCUUUUAAUGUGCAAAGCGUAUUCUGUGCAUCUCCUGGUAUGCGGGGAAUGAAACUUGUUUCCACGCGCAGAUGUUUCUGCAGUUGCUGGAACCCCGGGCAGGAUACCUGGAAAGAGCCCCAGGGUGCAGAGGACCAUGGCAGAGCGGCCCGUGGCGGCCGAGUUCGUCACUUGGUCUCGGGUGCCGCUGCCAGAAACGAAGGGCCUGAGCUUCCCCGUUUCCCGACGUGGUAAAUGAGCUUUCAUCUGUGAGUGUGCAUUAGCACGGCCGAGUUACAGGCAGUGGCUUCUGAUGGAGUUGAAACUGGGCGCCGGAGUGAGUGCUGUAACGGGCUAUAAUAAACUGUCAUGAAAUUUGUUGAAGCAGCACAGUGUGUGUUACUCAUUAAACCUCUCUAACUUUUGAACUCGCCGUCGCCAGCAAUUUUGCUUUCUGAUUAUAUGUACUCUUAGGGAAACAGCUUCUUCUACAGACUCUGAGGAGCCCAGAUCCAGAUGUGUGACACGGACCUGUGUAACUACAACAUAAACACCCCAGAAGUGUGUUAUAAAAAAAAGAAAUCUAAUCCCACGGCUAUUUUUUUGCUUCUUUCCCCUGACUUUGUAAACAUAAGGAAUGACCGUGUCCGGGGCUAUACAAAAUACAAGGAUUUAAAAAAUACCCAGCUGCUCCGUGCUGGGUAUCGGUGGAUUACUUAAUGAGUCAGAUUGCUCUAUAUGCAAAAUAACGCCUGGCUUCUCAUGGCCAGGCACUACAAAUUCAUGCUGAAACUCUAAAGCAAAGCUUUGUUCCCUGCGGCUCCUGCGCCCAUUAUUGGCCAUAGUGGCCAGAAUUCGGUUAAUAACUCACCGCCAUCAGAACCCAACUCCAAAAUAAAGCUGGGUUGCUUUGCAGAGAGCAAAUGUGAAUAAAAAUAAUAAAUGCUAUUUUUGCAUUUAAGCCCCUGCGAGUUUAGGGCCUGUAUUUAUGGGGAGCGUGGGGGCAGGUUUAAUAUGUAAAAUUGAGCGUAUAAGCAGGUGUUUGUCAGAUCAGGGCAUUGGGCACUAAAAAUAAAAAAAAUAGCAUCUCUGAAUAGGAUCAAAGAGAAUAUUGUUGGGUAAAUGGAUAUCAUCUUUAUGCAUGCGCGUGUUCUAAAAUAAGUCCGGGCUUAAUGACAUCAGUUUAGUAUUUCAAAUUUCCUUUUAGUCAUCUUUUUCUCGAUCAUCUUUCAAAAUCGUGUUUUAAAAUAAAAUAGCAUAUUGCAUUUCUAAGCUCUUUAGCGUGAUUUCUAUUUUUGUGGGCUUAUUUUUGGUAGAGAUAGAGCUGAUAUUGUGACCUACAUUUCCUUAUUUGCGAUAGCUAGGGAUAAUAGCUCUGCCCGUGAUUUGUUUCAUGCCUUGCUGAAAGGCAUCGCUUUACGAUAUGUUUUCCAGGUACGUGAGAUAAGAAGGAAAGGAAGUAACUGCCGACAGUAAUUAGAAUUAAUCAACAGCCUGUGUUCUUCACAAUAAUUUAAUGAAAUGCUCUGCCCCGUAGUGUUAUGAAUCAUCUUUGGUCUUGAUCCUUACGGGAGUUUUUGUUCACGUGGUCUGAUGUGACCAAGCUUCCGUGGUAGAACUUCCCGAGUGCAAACGUUGAUGCUGUUUAGGUCGUGCUUUGGACUUACCAGAUGUUAUCUUUCAUUAAAAAUUUGAGUUAUUACCCUCUGCGCAACAUCCUGCGAUCUCCUCUUCCCAAAAACACCCUCAGGAGUUGUAAACACAUUGAUAUGUGUCUUCCCAAAGCUCGAGCAAGUGAUGCCUGGCAUUAAGGAUACCCAGGUGUGUUUGUCCUCCCUCGGACGGCGCGCGCGGGGCGUGCACGGCUUCAUCAUCGCAAAUUGGUCAUGCACGAAUACAGGCAAAGCUGCUCUGUCUCGGGCUUUGCCUUAAUAUCUCUGCUGCAACCAAGGGGUUUUGAAAGUGAAGUCUGGCACUAAUUUAUGAGAGCGACGUGGGGAAAAAAAUAGGUCAGCAAGUAUGAAAGGUGCUGACAAGCAUAUAAUAUCUAGAGAUUGUUAAAAAGGGGGAAAAAAAAUAGGCUUAAGACAGCUUUUCCAAGCAAGCUGUUGUGCCUGAGGUUUUGUAGGCAUCGGAGCAGGGCAGAGGUGAAGUCGCUUGCUGGAGGACACGUGAGCAGGCUGCGGCAGAACUGGGGAGCAAUUUGGGAAUUCUGAUUUCCUAAUACUGCAUUCCUUGAAAUGGAAGCAAACAAACUGGAAAUGUGGCUGUUGGGGCAGGGGGGUUGCUUGGAAAAACCCAUUUGGGAAUAGAUUCAGAAUUUGGAGAGGCCACCUUUCCAGGCAAGCUCGAGUUUUCCAAACUCCAGCUCUUUCAUUUCUGCGUAUUUAAGGAUAAAUACUGCACAAAAAGCAGAAAUAUUAGAAAGAUGCUGAAGUGAUCACCUCUGUUUAAAGCAUUGCCUCUGCGUUGUUAUUCUGUAGCUGGGGUUGAACUGACCUUGCCGUCCCUGAGGCACGUGAGAGCCUGUAUCACAGCAAGGAGCAUCCGCGCAAGCCGCGCCGAUUCCCUCGCGACAGGCGCGCGUGCGUUGCCUCUGCGAAGAAGGGGAGUUCUGAAAUUGCUGCUGUGCUGCUUUCGGUCCGAUCGCCGGCGUCAUCAAAAUAGCCCUCGUGGCACGUGUGAGGCAUUGGAUCUAUCUCUUUCCUAAAAUAACCUCCAAUUGCUUAUGGCAGGCUUUUGGGGCUUACUGCUGUGACUAUUUUUUCCAUUUUCCAGGGCUGGGUUUUAAAUUUCUGCAUGCCUUCUCCAAUGUCUCGAUGCUCAGCCGUCAGACUGAGCCGCAACCAAAAUCCUCGCUGCGAGCGAUGGAAGAGGACAGAGCAGGAUCUGAUUCUUCUCUCCAGAAACCAUGGAUAUUUUGAUGUUGCAACUUGCGGCCAAGUUCCUUGUGGCCUGAAAAGAGUGAAUAGGAUUGGCGGGGUUUUUGCAUAGCACUGAAGUACCCCCCCACACACACACUUGCACCUUCCAGGAAGGAAAUGGUGCUGGGAUCCUGGAAAUGCUCCUCAGCUGGGAGCUUGGGAUGGGGGUUUUCCUACUGAAAAUGGCCUUGGGAGUGUGUUGCUCUUCCUUGGAGCUUCCUACAGGCUUUUCAUUACCUGCAUAUUUCCUACUUUUGACACUAACUCUGGCUUUGCUCUUGUUUUCAAUUUAGGAGCCGUAGCUCUUCUGCCCACUUGUAAGUGCAACUGGUAUGGGUAAUGGUGUGAGAGAAGGUCAAGGGGAUUGCAAACGGCAGGAUGUGGAGCCAGCUACAUCAACCCACCUUCUGUCAGAGGGUAACCAGGAGAAAAAGAAAGUACUCAACUCCCUGAUGUCUGGUGCAUUGGCUGGCGCCGUUGCUAAAACUGCAGUAGCUCCACUGGAUAGGACAAAAAUCAUGUUUCAAGUGUCUUCAAAAAGAUUUUCUGCCAAGGAAGCCUACAGGCUGAUUUAUCGCACCUACCUCAAUGAAGGCUUCUGGAGUCUCUGGCGGGGGAACUCAGCCACCAUGGUCCGUGUGAUCCCUUACGCUGCCAUUCAGUUCUGCGCGCACGAAGAGUACAAGCAGCUCCUGGGGAGUUACUACGGCUUCCAGGGAAAAGCGCUGACACCCUUUCCUCGAUUCAUUGCUGGCUCUCUGGCAGGCACAACGGCUGCCAUGUUAACCUACCCCUUGGAUAUGGUCCGUGCUCGAAUGGCUGUCACGCCGAAGGAGAUGUACAGCAAUAUUGUUCAUGUCUUCAUCCGGAUAUCCCGAGAGGAAGGAUUGAAGACAUUGUAUAGGGGAUUUACACCAACCAUCCUUGGAGUGAUUCCAUAUGCUGGGCUUAGCUUCUUCACCUACGAGACGUUCAAGAAACUACAUGCAGAUCACAGUGGGAAAUUGCAGCCAUCCCCUCCGGAGCGGCUUUUGUUUGGUGCCUGUGCAGGCUUGAUUGGCCAGUCAGCUUCCUACCCCCUGGACGUGGUUCGCCGACGAAUGCAGACGGCGGGGGUUAUGGGACACACGUACAGUUCCAUCCUUCUCACCAUGCAGGAGAUUAUAAGAGAAGAGGGACUAAUCCGUGGCUUGUACAAAGGACUCAGCAUGAACUGGGUCAAGGGGCCAAUUGCAGUGGGAAUAAGCUUCACAACCUUUGACCUGACGCAGAUCCUUCUCCGUAAAUUACAGCACAGCACUAAUGUUGAAAGUUCUGCAGAACUGAGUCCUCUAAAGUAGCUGCCUCACCCUUCACUUUGACUCUUUGACAGCAGGAGCGGAGCCUCCCAACCAACCCCGUGCUGCUGCUGGCUCCUCACCUGAGCUCUGGGGGCAGAUGAAGCGGUGGAUGAUGAAAGAGAGGACUCGGCGCUGCUGGAACGAACCCCCGAGUCUGGGAAGUGACUGCUGCUCCUGGGAGGCAGCUUUUAGUUACUGAACGUGUAUUAGCUGGAGGCAGUCUGCCAAGUGCAAUAUUCCAGUUAGUCUGUCGGGAAUUCCAGGUUCCUCUGACCUGUAAGCAUCGGCCUCCAUAAAACAGGACCCAGCGGGAUUUAACAAGUCCGGGUCACUUCUUUUGUUCUGGAACUCGAAAGUGAGCUCCGGCUGGAAACGCUGCCCUUUUUCCAAUGUUCUUCUCGUUUCUGGGCUUUGUUGCAUAAAACACCCCUUGCUUGCAGUGCCCUCUGAGAUUACCAAAGACUGUAGACAGCAGGGGAGGAAAGCUCCGAGCGGUUUUGUUAAGUCAAGUUCUCAUGUUUGUUGUCAGUGUUGUUGAGCGGGGGCUGUGCCUGGGUUCCCAAACUGGAUUGAGGCAAACUGCAGCAGAGCUUUCGGGCCACCCAGACCCUUCCCUUGUUGUCGCCACGGUCUUGAAGGCAGCGUUUGCUGCGGCACUGGGCAGGCUGCGGUGUUGAUGUGCUAGCAAAGGAAGUGUUACAUACGUAAAACUUCAGCGGUUUUAUCCUUCAGUAUUAUUGUUGCUGCUUUACGCAUGACGCGAGAACAAACGGCUCAAACGCGCGCGUGCCGCGGGCUUGGCGGGGCUGCGAGGCUCGUCGCCUCGGGUGCGUGCAGCCCGGCGGUUGGCCCCGCUUCCCGACAACCUCCUUGUCCCUUGGUGCCUGCUGGGUAGGUUGUGUCACCUCCCUUUGCUAGUCCACACCUAAGCCCACUUGCUUUUAUUCCUAGAGUUCUUCUGGACCUGCUGGGUCCUUGGGAGGCUCUGCAGCCGGUGUUGACCCUUCAGAGAUUCCUUACAGUGCCAAUCAUUUCCAGUUGCAAUUUGAAAGUGAAUGGUGAAGUACCUUUCGGUGUUCCUAUUUCAAAUCACUUUUCUCCAUUUGGUGGGGGCGGUUUUGUUUUAUGGUCCAUGCCUACAUUAAAUUUGGAGCGCAAGAGAGGUCAGAGCAAACUUUAGACUUCUCUCAGAAUCAGAUUACGUAAGCCAAGAUUAAAAACCCCUUUCCAGCCGAUAUAGGCCGUAAUGUAUAAAAGAAAAAUAAGGCAUAAUUUAAAAGCUGUCCUCUUCUGGUGUAUGUAUCUUGGCCGUUGUAGCGUGAGCCUUGUGUCAUGGCUUUAUUAAUGGGAACGGAGGUAAUUGCACAACUGGUAGACGGAGCUUUCUCCUUUCUUUUGUCUUUGCACUUGUUCUUUGGAGCCUAACUUGCUUCUAAUGCCAAAUAUUUCACUAGGAAUUGAGCACCUACACUUCCAUUUUGUGGACACGGCAGAGCGCCAGCGUACUGAAGUCUUAGCAUGAGCGUUGUUCCCAGAACACGUGGGAUCGAUCGUACUUUAAUGGCUGUGGAUGGGCGGGGUAUUAACCUCGGUAAUUUCUGCUUCCAGGCCCACAAAUUGAUGAUUUCCGUUGUGAAACUUGACUGCAGUCACUGAUUUACCUUGCAAUGACAGAAAUGUUAGGUGGUGGUGUUUUAAGAGUCUGUAGAGAUGACAGCCCUGAAUUCUGUGUAUUUUUUGCUCCCGUUGCUAAUAGAGGGUGAUCAGCUGUUCCCUUUGUUUGGGUAACGUUUUAGUCCUUUGCAAGAGCUCAGAUUUCUUUUCUCCAAUGGAGAAGCCAAUUAAUCCUGCUCUUGUCGUUUAUCUUGUCUGGCCCAGUGAGGCAACACUAAGGCAGUUGCACCCUACCACAGAAGCGAGGUACAGACCAGCAACGAGGUGUGUCAGCAGCUGCCUGUGCGUACGUGCGCGUCUGUGUGUCUGGCCGCGUGUACCAUCCACGCCGAGCUCGCUCUCGGCUUGGAGGCUGCCAGGUCAAAGCGCGGUUCUUUCUGCACGGCGAUGGGUUCUGCGUGAAGAUGAGAGGAAGCUGAACCGGCGCAUCCCAAGGUCGAGCGGGCUCCUUCGCUCCGCAGUAUGGUCGGUCAUCUCGGAGGCAGCAGAUCUUGUCUUGGGAGACGUUGAGCAUCGCUGAACCCCUAUGGCAACAGAGGUGGCUUAAUUCCUCCUGGGUCCUGACUGAGAAGAGGUUUCCACUGGAUGACUAGCCUGCCUUCUGCCCCGUCAGGAGUGCUGCUGGGGUGUAAAUGAAGGGGAAGCCUGCGGAGGAGGCAGCCUCUGGCUCCUGACCCUGGCGUCGGCCACCGUGCCGCUGAAACGCGGUGCAGGCAGCUCAGAGCCUGGGGACUGAGCUGAGAACCAAGACUUGAAGCACAGCCAGCCUUGGGCUCAGAGAAGUUGUUCCUUAAUUAGCAGCUGCACCUGAUCUUAAUUCAAUGGAACUUUAGCCAAGCACGUUUUUCCACGUUUUGCAGGCUGAGUGUUUGUUCCGAGACAGAUCUUUGAAUUCGGUCUGUAAUGGGUUUGGUGCUUUUGUUUCUUGGGCAAAAGUGUUCAGAGCAACUGUGUUAUUGCUUUGGGUUGUUGUAAAGAGCUGCUUUUUUUUUUUUUCUUCUCUGGUUUGAAUGUAGAAAAGGAGAAACAGAGUGUUCUCUUCCCUUCUCUUAGUCCUUGCAUGAAUUGAGACGUGUCUGUAUCUCUCUGCUGCCUGGAAUGAGUGCCCAAGGAGUUCUGGGCAUGCUGAUUUGGAAAUCCUGUGUGCUGGCCAAGAAGGUCCAUUGCCUUUAGCUCUGAGAAAGGAGACGAGUCUAACAGGAAUAUUCUUUCCUCCUUUUCUUUAGAACUUCUUUACUACCCCAAAUUCUCCUUUUUUUUUCCUUUUUGUUUGCAUUUUAUUCUUCUCAAAUUCCUUGCUGUUAUUUUCAAGUCAUGUUUCUCAUUCUUCCUUAAUGCAUUACUGCCAAACAUUAAUCUGUGCUUUUUUUUUUUUCCCCCCCCUUGUCUACACGCUCCCUCCCCGCUUCUGCACCUUUCAUCCCGCACUAGCACUUCGAGAAAAUCAGGUCCAAUGAAAUGCAUCCAAAAUGACAAAACUGCAGCUUGGAUAGCGAUGCCCAGACAGCCCAGCCAGGCUUCCCACUCGCAGGCGGGGACGUGUGUGUGCGUGGGCAGGGAGUUAAAGGCACCGGAUGGUGGGGCAGAAGCUGUUCUUGAAAGGUUCUUGAACCCCUUGUCCAGCCUAGCGCCUGUCCUGCUCCUAGCACCUUUUCUUCACAAGCUGGGACAUCCUGCUGCUUUUUACCGUUUCCCCUUUCGGUAGCUCCGUGUGAUGCCCACUGUGUGGCUGCUUGCUGGGUAGGUACCUCGGGGAGAGCUGCGGAGCCUCGGGGGGCGACUUAGGGAACCUGAAUGCAAGAGGUGGGAUCUGAGCUGGCUUCUUGCAAACCCCUUUGCCCCGCAUGCCCCGUGCUGGCCUGUGCUGGUUCCUCGGGAAGACGGAGCCACCGGAGAGCUGGCUGGUGGUUGGCAGGAUGGUGGUGGAAGGGUCAGGGGAGAUCAUGGCCUCCCGAGGCGUGAAGUUGCUGAAAGCCGUGGGGUGGGUAGCGUGGCGCAGCACUGGUACUCCGUGGAAGCUCUCCAAAAGCAGGUUCGUAGCUUCUAUGGAAAAGUAGUGGUACUUCCAUUAACUUCUGAUCGCCUUCUGCCUAGAAGGACUCGAGCGCUGUCGUCUUCACCCUCUGGUGUCUUGAUCACAAAAGCAUGAAAGGAAACUUUGAGCAGAAGCACUGCGGCAGCCCCGAGCGAGUCUGGUGCCAGUCCCGGGUGGGCAGGAGGAGGAGGCGGCGGCAAUGCAGCGGGGUAAUUCCCGUGCCAUUGCCCCAGUGCCUGCCUGGGUACCUGGGCUCCGUGGGGAGCCAGGGCAGGUGCUACGGACCCUCCUACCUGGACUGGGCCAGAGCAGGAGGUGGCUUUCCUAUGAAACAGCCUUUCUGUUGUUGUUGUAGGGGCUGGUUCCUCCCGCUAUAUCCCCAUCUCCCCCUUCAACGCCACGCGAUGCCGGGUUUCCCAGCACUGCUCACUGCCUGUGUGGUCUAUGCAUAUAUUAGCACAAACACUGUUAAAUGCCUUUUGUCAAGACGUGUCCUCACCAUCGAUGUGUGCGUGUAUGUGUGUGCGUCAAUUUUGACCGCUUUUCUUGGAUCUGGAGUUCUAUUUUAUUGCAGUGAAGACACUUUGUUAUAUAAUGUUUAUAUAUUUUAAGAUUUGUGCCAA